AGUUAGUUCGAUUAAACUUAGCGUCGGAGAUGAGUGUCGUAUCUUUCCAAAGAAUACCAAACCUGUUGCUCCUAUGUGAAAAUUUAAAUAUUCGGCAAUGCUAAUAACCAAAAACUGUUCUUCGCGAUAAGGCGGUAAUAUUUUAACUCCGGUUAGUGAUUGGUUUGCCGAGUUUCAAACAUGGGAUUAGCAUUAACCAAGGAUUCGUCAACCAUGGAGCAGGAGACCGAUAGGGCCGAAAGUGUGAUUUCCUCUAAAUUACAUGGCAGGCAAGCCAGUAUUAGACAGAGUACAAUACGUACAAAAUCUAAACAGGCUAUGCCAGAACCAAACGAAUUAGAGAGACGGUUCACUAAAGUCCUGGCUUCUAUGGACCUGCCGCCGGACAAGGCUAAACUUCUGAAAAGUUAUGAUUCCGAGAAAAAAUGGGACAUUAUCUGUGAUCAGGAGAUGGUCCACGCAAAGGACCCUCCGUCUUAUUAUUUAAAUAAACUCCGUACAUAUUUGGACCCCAAAGCAUCCAGAAGUCAUAGGAAAAGGAAAUUGGUUUUGGAAUCGACGUCUACUCAAGUUCUUAGAGAUUUGGAAAUUUCGUUGCGCACAAACCAUAUAGAAUGGGUUCGGGAAUUCCUCAAUGAAGAAAACAAUGGCUUAGAUGUUUUAAUAGAUUAUCUCAGUUUUCGCCUUGGAAUGAUGCGACACGAACAGAGGAUAGCCGAAUCUCGAUCGACAUCAGAGGAACGGCUUAACCCCCAAGCUCAAAGCACUUUAAAUUCUACAAAUUUCGAAAAAACCCUUGAUAAAACCUUUGAUAGCAGAGGUAACGGUUACAUGAGGAUGCCUUUAGAACUCAGUGAUAGUCCCAGUUUGAAGAGGCGCUCAAAACAUGUGGCCAAACUGAACAUGGGUGAAUCGAAAGAUGAUAUACACGUUUGUAUAAUGUGCAUGAGGGCUAUAAUGAACAACAAAUAUGGUUUUAAUAUGGUCAUACAACACAGAGAAGCAAUAAAUUGUAUAUCACUUAGUUUAAUACACAAAAGCCUACGCACAAAAGCACUGGUAUUGGAACUCUUAGCUGCGAUAUGUUUGGUAAAAGGCGGACACGAAAUUAUAUUGUCCGCUUUUGAUAAUUUUAAAGAAGUCUGUCACGAGAGGUACAGAUUUCAAACACUCAUGGAUUACUUUUUAAAUUAUGAAGUAUUUCAUAUAGAAUUUAUGGUAGCGUGUAUGCAGUUCGUAAACAUUAUAGUACAUUCGGUGGAAGAUAUGAAUUUCAGGGUACAUUUGCAAUAUGAGUUCACCGCCUUAGGACUGGAUAGCUAUUUAGAAAAAUUGAGAUUCACUGAAAGUGAAGAGCUUCAAGUGCAGAUAUCAGCUUAUUUGGAUAACGUUUUCGAUGUGGCAGCUCUCAUGGAAGAUAGCGAAACUAAAACGGCCGCUCUAGAGAAAGUUACGGAAUUGGAGGAUGAAUUAGCCCAGAUGCACGAAAGGCUACAAGAUAUUGAACACACAGCUUUAGAAAAAAUAGCCAUGCUCGAAACAGAUUUGAUUCAGACAAGGCAGGAAAGGGAUGAACUAUUGGAGUGUAAAAAGAGAACAGAUGAAGAAAUGUCGACAUUGCGCAGGGUUGUGCAACAUCACGAACAGGAAUCCCGAAAUAGGCAGUCAAUGUUUGAAUCAAAAAUUGCCGAUUUGGAAAAUGUUGGCAAUACUUCUGUGGUAACCUCUACAUCUGAACAUUCGGGUUUGCAUCAACUGCCUUCAGAUGUAAAAUCGGCCGCGUCGACUCCUUCCGUUCCCGUGCCUCCACCUUGUCCACCACCAGUAGUAAUUGCACCACCGCCACCGCCUUGUCCUCCUCCACCACCUUUAAAAUUGCCUGGUGCUCCUAUACCUCCACCCCCCGCUGGCUUCAUGCAAGCUCCGGAAGGAGCCAUGACGAUCAAACGCAAAGUGCAAACCAAAUACAAAUUGCCAACCAUCAAUUGGAUUGCUCUCAAACCAAAUCAAGUGAGGGGUACGAUAUUCAACGAAUUAGAUGAUGACAAGUUGCACGGGUACAUCGACUUCUGCGAGUUUGAGGAGAAAUUUAAAAUUGGCAACACCGGACCAUUAGCGAACGGCGGUUGCGAAGCCGAUGGUUUAACUUCUUUUCCCAGCAAGAGGUUUAAAAAACCCGAAAAUGUUACUCUGUUAGAGCAUACCCGGCUAAGGAAUAUAGCAAUAUCUCGAAGAAAACUGGAGAUGCCUCCUGAAAAAGUAAUAAAUGCAAUAAAUAUGUUAGACCUCAAGCAACUUUCUUUAGAAAAUGUAGAGUUGCUUCAAAGAAUGGUGCCAACGGAACAGGAAACUAAAGCGUACCGAGAAUACAUACUGGAGAAGAAAAAUAUCAACUUACUUACAGAGGAAGAUAGGUUCCUGUUGCAAUUAACCAAAGUUGAAAGAAUCUCGGCAAAAUUAUCCAUCAUGAGUUACAUCGGGAACUUCUUUGACAACUUACAUCUUAUACAACCACAAAUACAUGCCAUCAUCUCAGGAUCGAAUUCCGUCAAAAACUCAAGAAAGCUUCGUUCUGUCUUGGAAGUUAUUUUAGCUUUUGGCAAUUAUUUAAAUAGUAGCAAAAGAGGACCAGCAUAUGGCUUUAAACUUCAAUCUUUAGAUUCUUUACUGGAUACUAAAUCGACUGAUAAACGAUUGUGCCUUCUACACUAUAUUGUAGCUACCAUAAGACAAAAGUUUCCCGAUUUGCUUAACUUCGAUUCCGAACUUCAUUAUAUUGAUAAAGCUGCCGUUGUCUCUUUGGAGAAUAUCUCGACAGACGUCCACGAAUUGGACAAAGGAAUGGAAGCUGUCAGAAAAGAAGCAGAAAUAAGGGGUAGAGGCAGCCAUAGUUUAGUAGUUCGAGAUUUUCUCGCCAAUGCAGAGGAUAAGCUGAGGAGGUUGAAAAGUGAUUCAAAGAUGGCACAAGAAGCAUUUAGGGAGUGUGUUGAGUAUUUUGCUGAAUCUCCAAGAACUACUGAUGCCAAUAACUUCUUUUCGCUGUUGGUUAGAUUUGUAAAAUCAUUUAAGACUGCAGACCAAGAGAAUGAGCAGAGAAGAAGGUUAGAGCAGGCCGCCCAGAAUGCCAACAAUAAAGCCAACGAAGAUGUAAUCAAGAAGAACAAAAUAAAUCAGAAAAAACAACAGGUAGCCAAACUCUUAAAAACUUUGACGAUAAAACAUAUAGUGUUGAUGUACAGAGAAAAUGCAGUGUUAAGAAUACAGCGGUAAAGUGAAACAACAAAAAAAGUAAGUACAGAGUGUUUAUUUCGUGGUAGUUUCUUCCAAAGUGGAAAUUCAAGGUAAGCAUAUUAUUUUGCUUUACAAAAUCUAUGGUUGGUUACUGAAAUUAUUGGACAUAUUAUAUACAGUAUGACCCAUUUUAAUUAGAAACACAUUGGAAUCAACAUCAAUAAAAAAAUGUAGUCCAUUUGGAAUUAUUCACUGUAUACAGAUAACAAAAAAAAAAAUAUGACACCCUAGGUUAAACCUCCAAUGUAAUAAAGAUAUGAUAGUGACGACGAAUGAUAUGCUGUUGACAUGUUUGUCAAAGAUUUUUGCUGAAGCACCGGACAUAUGUCAGUUUAAUAGAUAUGUAAUUACAUCUUUCAUGAUCACUUUUUGCUAAGACGAAAAAUAAAUCAAAAUUACAUUGACACAUUACUUUACAUCCAAUUAAGCCAACAUACUUAUUAAUAUAUACCAAAAUGCAUUUCGCUCCAUGUAUGAAAAAGGGUCACUAGAUACGCAUUGACAGAAAGAAGUGUUUUUUUUGUAGAUUGUUCCAAAGUGCAGAGGAGUCAGUACGUGAAUUAAUGGUCUUUGAAUUAACAUUAUUUUUUGAUUUACUAAUUUUCGUUACAAAUGGUAAUAUAGGUAAGUGGUUGGUUAUUUUAUUUUAUUUUGUAAUUAGACUAGGUAUUUACAAAAUAAUUGUAGCGCAGUUGUUGCAUUUGCUAGUAUAGAAAAUCUGUAAUCUCUAAAACUAUAAAAAGGGCAUUAUUACCAAGUGGCGUCGGGCAAAUUAAGAUAUAAAGAAGUCGAUCAAAAAUGGGUAUACUAUAUUCAGAAAAAAGUCGUGGUCCAAAGGUUCAUAUCUAAAAACGAAGGUUAUUAAACAAAUUUUGGUUCGGAAUACAGUAAGAAUAGUAAAAAGCACCGGAACGCAUAAAUUUCUCCAAAACUACCAAAGCUGCAACUUUAAAAUUCAUGCACGGUUUUGAGCAGGCAUGUUGUCAGAUUUUCAAUUUUUUCGUCGAACGUCAUAAUUUUGUUAUUUUAAAUUUAAUGCCCUAUUUAUUUUUGUUGCAAUGAAUUGUGCAUUUUGUAAGGUCAAAAGUUCAAAAUGUUGUUUCCAUUAAUUACUGAGCUUCGUCAACACUGCUUUUUCAAUAAAAAGUACCGAAAGGCUUAAAUGUAUUUGCUGGAACGAUAAAAUCCAAUACCCCCAUGUGCCAAAUUCAAAAAUCCAAUGUUGUCAGAUUUCGCAAUGAUAUUAUUAAUUCUGGUAACCUUUUACUGAAACAAUUCUAAAUUCAUUGCAACAAAAAUAAAUAGGGCAUACCAUUUAAAAUAAUCUGAUGACGUGUAACAUGAAAGUGGUAAAUCGGACAACACUGCUGUUAGCAUUUUUGAAUUCAGGAUGUUCAAAAUCCCACACGUAUUGAAUUUUAUCGCUCCCGCAUUGACAGUUUUGUAAAUAUUUAAGCGUUCCGAUACUUUUACUAACUCUGUAUAUACCAAAACAAGUAUUUACGUCUCGACAUAAAAAACUAUCAACCUAAAAGAAAGGUUAGUAAGUUAUAAAAUGAUGUAAACGCGAUGGACCUGGAGAAAUAAGAGCAGAAAAAAGUAAACUGUUGGAAAUAAAAAAAAGAUGGAAUCUACUAAGAAAGUAAUAGCAGAAACAUAAUACCUGCAAGCCUUAGUACACCAUAUCAAAGACAGACCAAGAUGUAUACAUCACCUACUGGCUCUGCUCUGCAUGGUGACCACCCUAUCCUGAUGUUACCGCCUAUUACCAGCUCCAUUGCCGCUGUACCUGCUUCUAUAUUGUUUGAGGGGGGCGGAGCAUAUUGGUGAAAGGUAAAGGCCUGAGUCGCGGUUAAGAUUGUUAGAGGUUGCUUAUAGAUUUCUAGGUUUCGAAGCUACGCUGCGAUAGAAAAUCUGAUUUCUAGUAAGACGCCUUAACCGACAGGCCAAGACUAAAUCUGGAUGUCGAAUUAUUAUUAUAAACAACUUUGACAAAUAGAGAAGACAGCAAUAAAUACAAAUAAAUAUCAUGCUAUUAAAAAUUACAGCACA